AUGAGCGAUUCAGCGAUCCACGCCCUUGCGGGCUCUGUGGGUGGAUCUGCCGCUAUGGCACUGACAUACCCUCUUGUCAAUCUGUCCACGAGAGCAGCCGUGCAGACCAAGAAGAAAGAGCUGACCACCAGAGAGGCUGUUGCAAAGGUCAUCAAAUCCGAAGGUGUCCUCGGCUUGUACUCUGGUCUCACGAGCUCGCUCUUUGGGAUUGCCGUCACUAAUGGGGUGUACUACGCAUUUUACGAGGAGAUGCGCUCGCUGCUGAUCCGCCGCCGAGGGAACACUUCGACUUCAUCUACUAGCGCCCUGACUACUACCGAAGGGAUCCUCGCAGGUUUGAUCGCCGGCGCCAUCACCACCCUCACCACCAACCCUAUCUGGACGGUGCAGACGGCCCAAGCAACCCACGCAACCACCGCUCGGAACGCAUCCGGUGCUAUCGAAACCGACGUAGAGGGGAACGCAAAGAAGGUCAAGCCAAGUGCUAUCACGGUCGUGAAAGAGAUUUUGGAGAAGGAUGGAUUAAAGGGGUUCUGGAGAGGCAUAGGACCGGCUUUGAUUCUGGUCCUCAACCCCGUUAUCCAGUAUACGACAUUCGAAAGGCUUGUCUCUCUCCUUCUUGGAUUCAGACUUGCGAAACAAGGCGCCACCCCCACGGGCAAGACAGCGCUUGGCCGAAGCUCUCUGAGUGAUUGGGACCUGUUCUUCCUGGGUGCAUUGAGCAAGCUGGUCGCCACUAGUGGUACUUACCCUUAUAUUGUCGUCAAGUCAAGACUUCAAGCGGCGACCCACAAGUACAAGUCUUCCAUCAAAGCUGUUUUGCAUAUCCUUGAAGCAGAGGGCGUCAAUGGUCUCUAUGCCGGUUUGGGACUGAAAUUGCUCCAAUCUGUCCUCACCGCCGCUUUCAUGUUUGUCGCUCAACGCCGAAUCUACGAAUUCGUCAAAAAACUUAUCGUCCUCUCCGCGGAGAGAAAGAAACUCGUUUCAAAGGUGUGA